AUGGCCACUGAUUCAGGGGAGCCAGCCAGCACAGAAGAUUCUGAGAAACCUGAUGGAGUUUCCUUUGAAAACAGAGUUCCCCAGGUUGCUACAACUUUGACAGUAGAAGAUAGAUUAAAGGACAAAAACAAUACCAUCUCUGCUCCUGGGGAAACCAUAGAAAAAAAGAGAUUUUUCCGAAAGAGUGUUGAGAUGACUGAAGAUGAGAAAGUUCCUGAAUCUUCCCCCAAAGAUGAGAGAAUAAAGGCUGCAACAAAUAUUCCAAGAGUAGAAAAACUUCCUACAAAUGUACUAAGAGGUGGACAAGAAAUGAAAUAUGAACAGUGUUCAAAGGCAACCUCAGAAUCCUCAAAAGAAUGCUUCAAGGAUAAAAGUGAAAAGGAAAUGGAAGAAGAAGCAGAAAUGAAAGCUGUGGCGACUUCUCCUAGUGGCAGAUUCCUGAAAUUUGACAUAGAACUGGGAAGAGGAGCAUUUAAAACAGUGUAUAAAGGACUGGACACUGAAACUUGGGUCGAGGUUGCUUGGUGUGAAUUGCAGGACCGGAAGUUAACCAAAGCUGAGCAACAAAGGUUCAAGGAAGAAGCAGAGAUGUUGAAAGGUCUACAACAUCCAAAUAUAGUUCGAUUUUAUGAUUCCUGGGAAUCAAUAUUGAAAGGAAAGAAAUGUAUUGUAUUAGUGACUGAACUAAUGACAUCAGGAACCUUAAAGACGUACUUAAAACGAUUUAAAGUCAUGAAACCAAAGGUCUUAAGGAGCUGGUGCAGACAAAUUUUAAAGGGGUUACAGUUCUUGCACACGAGGACUCCUCCUAUUAUCCAUCGAGAUCUGAAGUGUGACAACAUUUUCAUCACAGGACCCACUGGAUCUGUGAAGAUUGGGGAUCUAGGACUGGCCACCCUAAUGCGCACAUCAUUUGCUAAAAGUGUCAUUGGAACUCCAGAAUUUAUGGCUCCAGAGAUGUAUGAAGAACACUAUGAUGAAUCCGUAGAUGUCUAUGCUUUUGGCAUGUGCAUGUUGGAAAUGGCUACUUCAGAGUACCCUUACUCUGAGUGCCAGAAUGCAGCUCAAAUAUACCGUAAAGUAACCAGUGGUAUAAAACCAGCCAGCUUCAAUAAAGUCACUGAUCCAGAAGUGAAAGAAAUCAUUGAAGGAUGUAUUCGUCAAAACAAAUCUGAAAGGUUGUCUAUCAGAGAUCUUUUAAACCAUGCAUUUUUUGCUGAGGACACAGGACUUAGGGUGGAGUUAGCAGAGGAAGAUGAUUGCUCAAAUUCAUCCCUGGCUCUAAGGCUAUGGGUCGAAGACCCUAAGAAGUUGAAAGGAAAACACAAAGAUAAUGAAGCUAUUGAAUUCAGCUUCAAUUUGGAAACAGAUACACCUGAGGAAGUAGCAUAUGAAAUGGUCAAGUCUGGAUUCUUCCAUGAAAGUGAUUCCAAAGCUGUUGCUAAAUCUAUUAGAGAUCGAGUGACCCUGAUUAAAAAGACAAGGGAGAAGAAGCCUGCUAGCUGUUCUGAAGAACGCCGGGAUUCUCAGUGCAAGUCUACAGGGAAUGUACUCCCUCAGCAACAGACUGCAACUUUGCCACCUGCUCCUGUUCAGCACAAUGGGGCUGAAAGUGAAGAAACAGAAGUUGAUCAACAUGUUCGACAGCAACUUCUCCAGAGAAAUCCACAGCAGCCCUGCUUCUCUGUUAGAGGUGACAAUUUGCCUGACACAGGAGCUGGAUCAGUUAUGCCUUCAGAAACUUCAAGUCAGCCCAAUAUAGCCUAUUCAUCAAACCAGCCAAUUGGCUCCCAACUGGUUUCUAACAUCCCACAGGCUGAUAUAAAUGUUCCAGGGCUAAUUUAUCCAUCUCAGCAAUUAGUAGGACAUUGCCAGCAAAUUUCAGGGUUGCCGAUGCAGCCAAACCUAACUCAGCCCCAAGUUUUACCUGUGGUUCAAGGUCAGUCUUCUGUUUUGCCUGUACAAGUUGUUGGACCUACAGUUGUUUCACAGCCACAAGUUUCUCCAUUAUCUACCCAGAAGAUCUCACAGGUAAAUCCUAUAUCCCAACCAGCUGGAGCUGAGCAAGUAGCUAUUCAAAAACCAGAUGUACUUCGAAGCUCAAAUCAAGAUGUGGCAGCUAUGAAGGAAAGUACCAAUAACCCUGAUAACUCAAGCGGAAAUGGCAAACAGGACCGGAUCAAACAGAGAAGAGCUUCUUGUCCACGACCAGAAAAGGGGACUAAAUUUCAGCUUAUUGUCCUCCAGGUGUCAACUUCUGGAGACAAUAUGGUGGAGUGUCAGUUAGAGACACACAACAGCAAAAUGGUUACUUUCAAGUUUGAUGUUGAUGGUGAUGCACCAGAGGAUAUUGCAGACUAUAUGGUUGAAGAUAACUUUGUGCUGGAAAAUGAGAAAGAAAAAUUUGUAGAAGAAUUGAGAGUUAUAGUAGGUCAAGCUCAAGAGAUCCUUCAUGUCCAUUCUGCUGCAGAAAAGGCCGCUGGUGUUGACUCUGUUACCUUGGAAUCCAAUAAUAACCAAACAGGAUCAUCUGAACAAGUACAGAUAAAUUCUGCAUCUACUCAAACCAGCAAUGAAUCUGCUCCUCAAUCAUCCCCAGUUGGUCGAUGGCGAUUCUGUAUCAAUCAAACAAUAAGAAACCGUGAGGCUCAGUCUCCUCCUUCUCUCCAGCCUUCCGUGGCUAUGGUGGCUGGGCUAUAUCCAUUUCCUAGUUCAAGAAACACAAGUAAUAAGGAAAUAUCAAAGGAUACACUGUACUCUACAGAAAGUCAUUCAUGCCAGCAUGCAAUUUUCACCUCCAAUUUACAUCACAAGGAUGUGGUUGAUGGUAAGAUUUCUGAAUGUGCUAGUGUUGAAAUUGAGCAGCCAUCUAUGCUUUACCCAGGAGAAGAUAACAGGCAGAUAAUAGCACCAACUCCUAGUAGUCCCAAUUAUUCUGCUACUUCGGUGUGUGCAGUUCCACUUGAAUGUAAGGGACUCGUCAGCCAAGCAGGCAUGUUCAUACCUGUGUGUCCAUGUCAACCAACUGCCAACCAGCCUGAUGUGCUCAUGUCUCAUCCUGGUGAAUCAACUCUGGUUGCUGGUAAUACUCUUCCAACUUUGGCAUUUGUGUCUGAUAGAACACCUCAGUCCUUAUCAGUACAGCAGCCAACUAUGGAUGCAGAGUUUAUUUCCCAAGAAGGAGAAGCAACAGUGAACAUUGAUACAAGUUCUCCUAAGGCUGUCAUUCCCACUCAGGCCCCUGGCCUUGAACCAACUACUCUUCUACCCACUGCUGUCCUGGAAUCAGAUGGGGAAAGACCUCCAAAAAUGGAGUUUGCAGACAACCGAAUCAAAACACUGGAUGAAAAAUUAAGAAAUUUGCUCUAUCAGGAGCACAGCAUCUCUAGCGUCUAUCCAGAGAGUCAGAAGGAUACCCAAAGCAUCGACUCUCCAUUUUCUUCCUCUGCUGAAGAAACACUAUCUUGUCCAAUGCCAGAAGUCAUUGCUAUCAGUCAUUGUGGAAUUCAAGAUAGCCCUGCACAAUCCCCUGUCUUGCAACAGACAGUCCCUAAGAUUCUGUCCAAUGCGGCUGCAAGUCAGCCUGCUAAUAUAUCAGUGUUCAAAAGGGACCUGAAUGUGAUUACUUCCGUACCAAGCGAAUUGUGUUUACAUGAGAUGUCCCCAGAUGCUUCACUUCCAGGGGAUCCUGAGGCCUAUCCUGCUGCUGUGUCAACCGGUGGAGCCAUUCAUCUGCAGACAGGAGGUGGAUAUUUUGGCCUAAGCUUUACUUGUCCUAGUCUCAAAAAUCCUAUUAGCAAGAAAUCCUGGACUCGCAAAUUAAAAAGCUGGGCAUACAGGCUACGGCAGUCAACCAGCUUUUUCAAGAGAUCAAAAGUCCGUCAAGUGGAAGCAGAAGAUUUAAGAUCAACAAUUGCUCCUGAUCCCAUUCCUCUGACACGAGAGUCCACAGCUGAUACUAGGCCUCUGAGUAGAUGUAAAGUGAUGAGUGGAUCAUUUCAACGGGGUCGGUUCCAGGUGAUUACAGUUCCUCAGCAGCAACCAGUAAAAGUGACAUCUUUUGGAAUAAAGCACAGACCAGCAUUAAAGGAAAUGACAAACCAAUCUAAUGAAGAAGCCCUAGUCUUUACUGAAGCUGCAAAAGCUCAGUUGGUAGAAGUAGAACCUGCCACGCACAAUCCUCAAACUUUACUUUCUUCUCAGAGGUUACAAACACUUCAUGAAACUUUUAAAGAAGAUAAAGGAAUUCCCAAGCAAGGUGACAACUUGUUAUCUUUCAGCACAGCUUGUGAGACCAAUGUAUCUACAAUGACCUCAGCAAAGGAAUUGGAAGAAACAUCAGGCACAGGAAGCAACCUGCAGUCUGAAUCUGAACUUUUGCAUAUAGAAAAAGAGGUCCUGACUGCUGGGAAACAGUGUCAUUCUAAUAGUGAAUUUUUAGCCACUCUUGGUGGCAAUAGAAAAUCAGUGGCAAAAACCAGUUCAGAGAGUAGUCAGUGUUUACCACUCCAUGAAGACCAAACUUAUGUUCAGACACAGAGUUCACUCUUCUAUUCACCAUCAUCCCCGAUGAGCAGUGAUGAUGAGUCAGAAAUUGAGGAUGAGGACUUGAAAGUGGAGCUUCAAAAAUUACGAGAAAAACACAUUCAGGAGGUGGUAAAUCUGCAAACACAGCAGAAUAAAGAGCUGCAGGAGCUCUAUGAACGCCUGCGAUCCAUUAAAGAUAACAAAGCCCAGUCUUCAGAGAUUCCUUUGCCACCUACAUCACCACGUCGGCCAAGAUCUUUCAAAAGUAAACUUCGCAGCCGUCCCCAGUCCUUGACACAUACGGACAAUAGCAUGGUUACAAAAGAUUUACUUGGUACGGAGGGUAGUACAGCUUCAUGCCAGCAAUCUCCAGCCAGUAAAAAAGGAAUGUUCACAGAUGACUUACAUAAACUGGUGGAUGACUGGACAAAGGAAACAGUAGGAAAUUUUCCUAUCAAGCCAAGUUUAAACCAGCUUAAGCAGAGUCAACAAAAACUAGAAACAGAAAACUGGAACAAGGGAUAUGAAAAUACUCCAUCUACUAUGGGCUACACAUCAACAUGGAUUUCUUCUCUUUCCCAAAUACGUGGAACAGUCCCAACUUCUUUGCCACAAGGACUUCCACUCCCCUCCUUUCCUGGGCCAUUAUCAUCUUACGGAGUGUCCCAUGUUUGUCAGUAUAAUACUGUAGGAGGCACAGGGUAUCCCUUACAGUGGGUUGGAAUCCCAGGAACAACACAGCAGUCUGUAGUGAUUCCUUCCCAAUCUGCAGGACCAUUCCAGCCAGGGAUGAAUUUGCAGGCAUUUCCAGCUCCACCAGCACAGAAUCCAUCUACGAUCCCUUCUACAAUCCCUCCUGGUCCUAAAUGAACCAGAAUAGAGCUGAUGAAGAAAAGGGAGAUUUUAUUUUCCAGAAUUAUUUUCAGGAUACCUAAGAUAUUAAAAGUUUUCUUCUUCUUGGGUUUUGCCAUAUUUUCCUUCAUUUCAGUUUACUUUCAAAUGUAAGUGUUUUAUUGUUCCAGUGUGAUAUUUGAUAAGGCUUAUCAUUCUGUAGAAAUGUGCAGUUUGCACAUAGAACACUGCACAGAGAAAUGUUUUUUCACUUCAAAUCCUAUCCUCUUUGAUACUUGAUUUUUUUAAAAUACUCUUCAGAAUGCUUUAAUAAGCUC